AUGCGUUACGGCAACAAAGACGAGGACAUCUUCAAUGAUGAUGAAACAGACUACGAUAGUAUUUUUGAGCCAGAUCUUUUAUUUCGAGGCCAUUCUGGUCUCCGCGGCUUAUACUUGCGCCAGAAGAAGCCACUGGACCUCGCAUGCGAUAAUGGAGAUGUCACUGGCCCAUUGGUUACCCCACAAACCCCAACGCAAAGCAAGUUCAAGCAGACAACGAGAAAGAUCAAGGAUUUGGGGUUCAAGAAGAUCUGA